AUGCAGCUAAGGCUAGUGACUAUGGAGGAAGGGAAAGAACCCACUAUCAACUCGAUCAGAAUCACAAAUCAAUCUAGGGGUUCUCCUAUGAGAUUACUAGGAUUCAUGUUGCUGUUUAUAGGCAUUGGUGUCAGCUUUUCGAUCAUAAAUAUGUUUAAGAUCCGAUAUUUAGGCAUCCAGAAUAUUGUUCCAGGAGCACACACCUUGAUACAGUCUUGUUUUCAUGAACCCAGAAGUUUACAGGAUUGGAUUAAGCCUCCAUUAACUUAUAUGCACACAUUGGAUGAUAGUGAGUUGUUAUGGAGAGCUUCAUAUGUUCCUCAAAUUAAAGAAUACCCUUUUAAGAGAUCUCCUAAGAUUGCAUUCAUGUUCUUGACAAGAGGACCUUUGCCAUUGUCACCACUCUGGGAGAGAUUUUUCAAAGGAAAUGAGGAAUUUUAUACCAUUUAUGUUCAUACCACGCCUUCAUAUCGUGCAAACUUUUCUACCUCUUCCGUCUUCUAUCGAAAGCAAAUUCCUAGCCAGGUAGUGGAAUGGGGAAUGAUGAGCAUGUGUGAUGCCGAAAGAAGACUUAUAGCCAACGCAUUGCUAGAUAUCUCAAACGAGUGGUUUGUACUCUUAUCAGAAGCCUGCAUACCUCUUCAGAACUUCAGAACUGUCUAUCGUUACAUAUCAAGAUCCAAGUUCAGCUUCAUGGGUGCGUUUGAUGAACCUGGCCCCUAUGGUAGAGGUCGAUAUGAUGAUAAAAUGUUACCAGAGGUCCAUAUCGACCAAUGGCGAAAAGGGUCUCAGUGGUUUGAAGCUAAUAGGAAACUAGCAGUCGAUAUCAUAAAAGACAACACGUAUUAUCACAAAUUCGAACGUUUCUGCAAACCAGAUUGUUAUGUUGAUGAGCAUUAUUUCCCAACAAUGCUCACCAUUCAGUCUCCACAUUUGUUGGCCAAUAGGACACUUACGUAUGUAGAUUGGUCAAGAGGAGGUGCUCAUCCAGCUACAUUUGGAAAAGAUGAUAUCACAAAGGAAUUUAUCAAGAAAAUUCAGCAAGGUCAUACAUGUGUUUACAAUAAUCAGCCAACUACAGCAUGCCACCUUUUUGCAAGAAAGUUUGCUCCUAAUGCAUUGGAUCCACUUCUACAGAACUCUACAGAAUUUUUUGGCUACUGA